AUGGAUACUGCAGUGAAUCGUGAUCUUUUUCUUGAAAAGCUAAAUGUAUUAAUUACGGGUAAACGAGGAGACAAUUGCUUUUAUUUUUCUCGAGAAAAGUACUCUAAAAUACUUUCUGAAGUGGUUUCUGCUAAAACUAAGUGUAACACACCUUUGGAUUACAGACGAUUAAAACGUUUUGACGUUUUAAAAAUUAAUGAUGAAGAGAAGUUAAUUGUACCAUUAAAACCAGGAGAAACGAAUAUACAGUAUUAUGUUACCAAUGAGGAAUUGUUCAGUAUACUAUAUGAAGCUCACGCCAGGACAGGCCAUGGAGGAAGAACACGUAUGCUUAAAGAGUUGCAAAAUAAAUACAAAAAUAUUACAGAUGAAGUUGUAAUGUUGUAUUUAAAUCUAUGCAAACAGUGUCAAAUGAAACACAGUGCACCUAAGAAAGGUAUUGUUGUGAAACCAAUGAUCAGUUCUGAGUUAAACUCAAGAUGUCAAGUUGAUCUGAUAGAUCUGCAGUCAAACUCAGAUGGUGAAUAUAAGUUCAUAAUGGUGUAUCAAGAUCAUUUAACUAAGUUUGUCCAGCUACGACCUUUGAAAACUAAGAGGACUGAAGAAGUAACAUAUCACGUUCUUCCAAUAUUUUUAACAUUUGGUGCUCCAGCAAUAUUGCAAUCAGAUAAUGGUAGAGAAUUCAGUAAUCAAGUCAUAUCCGAAAUAUGCGCUAUGUGGAAAGAUGUUAAGAUAGUUCAUGGAAAGCCUCGUCACAGUCAAACACAAGGCUCAGUUGAAAGGGCCAAUCAGGAUAUACAGAAUAUGCUAACUGCAUGGAUGAACGAUAACAAUACAAAUAAAUGGUCAGAAGGUUUACCCUUUGUUCAAUUUGCCAAGAACACUACAUACCACGAAGGAAUACGCCAAAGUUCUUAUGAAGCCAUGUUUGGCAUUAAAGCGAAAAGAGGCAUAGCAUCGUCUUUUUUGCCUAGCGAACAAAUCGCAAGUAUCGAAACUGAGGAACAACUUGAAGAAAUCGCCAAUACUUUUGAAACCGAAGAACAGCUUGAAGAAACUGGUAAUACUUCUGAAAAAAAUUUGAGCUGUGGUCAAACUGAAAACCAAAUUCCAAAGAAAAAUAUUGAAGAGGACUUGCAAUCUACCACGUCUUCACAUCAAGUUCUGAACGAAAAACACGAGUUAAUUUCUAUAAAAAGAGCGGCCGCGAAAGAGAAUCUUCUACUGCAAGCAACAAAAAUGUUGCGAACCUCACAAAAUCAAUUUCCUCCUGCUCAAAUUGGUGAUACUGUACGAAGUCCCUGA